AUGGCGCAGUCCAUGUUGAUCAUGGUUUCUGAAAAUGUGGGUAGUCUUAAGCAACAAUUAGCUAAACUAUUUAAUGAAUCGUCUAGAGCCACCGUCCCUGAGGAGUUGGAUGUUGAGCCUUUGNUGUCUUCAGAUUCUGAAAAUGUGGGUAGUCUUAAGCAACAAUUAGCUAAACUAUUUAAUGAAUCGUCUAGAGCCACCGUCCCUGAGGAGUUGGAUGUUGAGCCUUUGAUUGCUGCUUGCAAUCCAAAAUUCGGUGAUUACCAAUGCAACAUUGCCAUGGGCUUAUGGACAAAAAUUAAAGGAAAAGGUUCUAAGUUCAAGGGUCCCCAAGCUAUUGGGCAGGCCAUUGUGACAAAUCUUCCUGCAUCAGAAAUGAUAGAAUCAUGCAGUGUAGCUGGACCUGGAUUUGUGAAUGUGGUAUUGUCGAGGCAAUGCAUAGCAGCAGAGAGCAUCCAAAAGAUGCUAAUAGAUGGUAUCGGAACCUGGGCAGUGGUUCCGAUACCAUAG